AUGCCUUUAAGACUUCUUGAAAGUACGAAUUUUAAUUUUCAGUCUAACCCGCCUGCAGAAGUCCGCAUACAUGGCCAGAAAGUGUUGGGUACCUUUUCAACGGACGCAGAUCGCGGAUACUGCAACGAUGACCGAAACCGACGUGUCUUCCUCGAACCCGAUAACGAAGUGGACUUCGACUAUACGAAGGGCUUUGAGGAACAUGUUGCUUUUGGGGAAGAUCCUCGCGUUACUUCGUUGAUGAAUGUCUUGAGUUGGAUGCGUGAUCAUCGGAGCUUGCUAAUAAAGAGUGGGACUUUGGAUACCACUGUAUCGCGGCUUAACGUGGAUUUUGUCGGGCGUCGUGGGUUAUUCAGGAACCUCUUGGAGGCUGGAGGCGACAAAGACCUUGAUAUCCGACUUUUGGUGACCCUCUACCGGGGAACCUAUUUCAUCUCCGGUAUCUGGAAGAAUGACAGAAAGCUAACUAGGGAUCAACAGAUGGACGGAUGCAACCCGGACACCCCUACUCCCGUGGAUGAAAAUGCAUCAUUUUACGCAAUGAUGAGCGCCAACUGCGGCAGACAUCGGCUGCUCUUUAGCUCUGAGGUGCAAGCAGAAAGGAAGGAUGAGAUCACACCCCCUCAACGGAACUACCUGAACAUACGCACGAUCCCGAAAGAAUAA